CCCUCCCUUACACGAAGACUCCGCCUACUCGAUUCUUAUAUCUCAGACCUACACCAAACUACAGGUGGAUUUAGUGACGAGCAUAGUGCGCUUAGUUUGCUAUAUCUUUUAUUUACAUUUGACGAGAAAACCGGACGAUCUGAGCAAAAAUGUCUCUGGCUAAGGAUCUGAUGCACCCAAGUUUUGCAGAGGAGAGGAGGCAGCAUAAGAAGAAGAGGCUGGUGCAGAAUCCAAACUCUUACUUCAUGGAUGUUAAAUGCAUGGGGUGUUACAGGAUCACCACCAUCUUCAGCCAUGCCCAGACAGUGGUGCCCUGCGCAGGCUGCUCUAUAAUCCUCUGUAGGCCACGAGGGGGGAAAUGCAGACUGACAGCAGGCUGCGCCUUCAGAAAGAAACAGACAUGAACAGUAAUGAACCUGGAACCAUGCAGCAGAAACGCCCAAGGAUAAUCGAGGCUGAGCGAUGCCAUGUUGCAAAUCCUCAGCAAAUAGAGAAAUUGCCUCUAUUCAUCUAAAUGAGUACGAUUUUACCCCCGAGUGGGGCUGAAUGAGAGAAUCAUACGAAUGCAUGUACACUCCCAAACAGAUUGACAUAAUGAAGCACUUUGCUGUAAAGACAUUGUGCAUGAGUAAAAUGCAACAAUCAAAUUUGCAAAAAAAUUCAGACAAGUCAUGAUUUCUGUAAAACAUUUUAAUAGGUUGACAUGGAUGGGGUGGGGGUGGGUGAAUGAAGUAUUUCAUUACCAGUCUCAAUCAAAUGUGAGGCACUCUCAGUGGCUCUGACAUGAGAUGAAACCACAAUGACCAUCACAAAAAAAAAUAAAAAACAUUUCAUGAAUUAAUUGUCUGUGUUGUGUUCUUUGGUUUUGAGAGUUCCUCUGGCAAAAAGAAGUGGUGUAAAUGAAACAAAACCCAAGAAAAAAAAAAUACAACUUCUCACAUUACCUAACAUUAUUCUACUAUAUACAAUAAGUAUCCAUGGUUGAUAAAACUUGACUGAGCUUCCAGUGGUUUGGGGUUUAGCUCACUCAUAUUGUAAAUAUUGGCUACAUAAUGGCAUAUUGUUGGUAAUGAUGCAUUAGGUAUCAGUGGUCAGGUCAAGCAUUUAAGUGUUCAGAACGUCCGCAUCAGGUUCAACACCUUGGCCAAAGAGGCAUUACGUUAUAAUUAAAUGUAAAGAAGUCUGAAUCACCGAGCCUUUCUACCAGGUUAUCUGUUCACGUGACUGUUGUGUUGUUCUAACACAAAAAGAUUUAAAGAGAGACUGAGACGAGCACAGAUCUGUCAAAUAUCUGUUAAUUUGCAGCCACUGGAGAUAAAAUGGAAUAAUAAUAAUUAAAAAAAAAAUGUUGACUAACUUCAAAUUACCACUAGGUGGCGCUUAAAAGCCACACAAGACUGAGCAAACCCCUAUGCCAUAUGUAGCCUAUGUAUUAAAAAUAAUCAGAAGUGUAAUGUAUGUGCACAUAAUGUGUAAAAUUAAGUCUGUUUAAGUGAUUGAGUGACCAAAUGGGAGGUUUCUUUGGACAAAUUUAGUGCCAAAUUUAGUGGUCAAAAACAAAUUUCAACAAGAACAUCUGUAGGUUUUAAAAAAAUAAAGUAGCGAUGGAUUCAAAAAA